GAGCACUUAAUGCAGUGCGCCGCCCGGAACGAAGCCGCGCUGCAAGCAGGAGCCGUAUGGACGAGGCGGGCUGCGCGGCUCCGGGCACUGCCCCGAGCGGGCCGGAGCGGGAGGCCUGGGGGUCGCCCCGCGGCAACUGGAUGGCGACUCACCCUAAGCUCACGGAGAUGAUGUCAUUGGAUGUGGCUGACAGCACUCAAGUAUAUGCUGCGUUCUUAGUUUACUUGGACCUCUUAGAAGGCAGAAACUGGCAUGAAGUGACAUGCGUUGGACUAGCAGAACUCCAGCUCAUAUGUCUCCGUGGGCAUGAGAGAGAAGCUGAGAAUUUACAGAUUGUGGUGCCAACACCUGUCCACAUGCCAUUCACUCAUCAGAGGCUCAGAGAGAUCAUGAAGAAAGCAUGUAUUCCACAAGAUGGAACAGAUUCCCCACUGUCGGUUAUCCUGGCUAUAGUUGAGUCAGAUUCCACAGUAGUCUAUUAUAAACUGACAGACGGUUUCAUAAUGCCAGACCCUCCUGAUGAUACUGAAGACGUGGACAAUAAACAGUGGAGAAAGAAAAGAAGGAAGCUUUUGAGAUGACUUUAAGACAAAGACGAACUGUUUCUUGGCCCCUUAUUUUCAAAUCUAAACAAAUUCAGUAAUUUGUGUAUGUAAAUUAGAAGGUACAAUGGCUUAACUGCUGCAUUGCAAAUCUUCACUUGCUCUGCAGAACUCAGACUUCUGCAGCAUGCCUCAAAGUAAAAUGGUUUGUAACAUGUUUCAAGGACCUGACUUUUGUACAAGGCAAGUUACUCCUUCCUCCUGUCUUUUUUUUUUUUUUUUGAGAAGCAGAAGGUUUCAAACUUUGUCCCUUCUUCACACACGCCCCUACAUUUGUGGGAAUGUAAAGACUUAACAGAGUCAGACCUAUGGCAUAAUUUUAAAGGUAAAUAUUGAAAUAAAGUAAGCUGUUCUUUAGUGUAGUGUGGUUGGAGUGAGGGUCUUCAAACAUACACUUCUGCGUAAGUUAAAAAGGCAGUAGUUUGUCCUACUCAUGGCACCAAGAGCAUUUAAAAUAUAAAUUUCACCUGCUCCUUCACUUUUGGGCCUCUUACUGCUAUAUUUAGAGCAAAAUAGAGUAGGUUUUGUCCAGGAAUAUUUUCUUUUGGUUUAAACGUUUUGCAACUGGAAAAAUGAUAUGACUGUGAUAAUUCCCAAGGCUACUAGAAAGAGGCAUGGUCCGGUGAUUAAAGCCCAAGACAGUGGUUCUCAACCUGCGGCCCGUGGGCUGCUUGCGGCCCAGUCAGCACACAGCUGCAGCCCACGUGACAUCCUCAGGGCAUACAGAUAGUAUUGGAUGCGGCCCACAAUGGUAACUAGGUUGAGAACCACUGGCCCAAGGUUCAGCGACUCCUGCAAUGUAACCCUAGUGGCCAAUCACUAAGGUCCAGUCUACAUAAGCAAAUGUACAUGUCAGUAGAUACUUGGAGGACUAGCUUAUUAUACCACAAAGUUAAACACUGUUCGUUACCCAUGUGAAUGAAAAUGGGAGGGGAAGCAGGUUGAAGAUCCAGCGUUCAGUAACGUGGUGUUAACUGUGUCCAGCCCUAUCUAUACAGUCCAAGAACAAACCAUUUGAUGAGAAAUUCAGAGACCUCUUGUGUUAUAACAUGAUCUCUCAACACAGUAAAUUUUUGUGUGUGAAUGGCUCCUUAUUCUCUUGCCUCAGUUACCCCAUUUAAAAUAUGGGUUCUAUUACCUAUUUUUAAUUGGCUAAUCUUUAGAGUCUUUUGAAACUGAAGACAAUGCCUAGGAGCUACUAAUUACACAUUUUUUCUAUACCACAUAGGCUGCUGCAGCUGGUGUGCCAAUUUGUGCACCAGUCAGCCACUCUCAACACAGUCUGACCAUUACCUCCUGGGGGUAGGGACCAUGUCCUCCUAUGUGUUUAAACAGCACCUAGUACAGUAGGGCCCCCAAUGUGAGUGUAACCCACAUUAUUUAUAUCUCCAGUGUAGCCUCUAUGGGUUAAACUAGUUGCCUGAACGAUGUUUCAGCUGGUUAUAGGGGAAGGGGAAACAAAGUUUAAAUUGUUGGUACUGCCAUGGGAAUUUUCCAUGCUUUCAUUCAGUAGUUUUCUUUAAGUUUAACUUUAACUUGGAAUUUUUGGCUUUCUAAUGCAAGUUCCAUAUCUCAGAAAUGGCUUUUAAAGUACAUGUAAAAAUUCACCUAGGGUCAAGGACCACAUAUGGAAAAUUUCAAGCAAAAGGCCUGUUUUUGUUCAGUUCAGGAACAGGGGAGGAUCCAGUUUCAGGCUCAGAAUGAAAUGAUAGUUAACCUUUAGUCUCUCCUCAAUAGGACAGACUAGAAAUCCUUGGUGAUUUCAGAGUUUAAGAUUUUUAGUUUCACGUAGUCAAACAGGCUGGGGCAGCAGCAACGUCUAGUGAGAAAAGCAGGGGGCAAUAUGUACAGCAUGAUACUAGCCCUGCCUUCACCAAGGUCUUGCUGUGCGACCCUGGGCACUGCAGUUAGGUCCCAAUUUAGCAAAGCACUUAAACAGGUGGUGAAGCCCUACUGAAGUCAAUGGGACUUAGGUGCACUUCAGCACAUGCUCUGCUGUGUAGAGAUAGACUUAAGUAUGUGCUUAAAUCCUUAAUUGAAUUAGAGCCUUAAACUCUGCAACUCCAGUGUCUCACCUCUAAAAUGGAGCUACUAUGGAUAGACUUGCCUGUCUAUCCAAGGUACCUGUAUAUUGUACAGUAUCAGAGCACCUCACAAUCUUUAAUGUAAUCCUUGGCUAUAAAGUGCUAAUAAGUGCAAAUAUAAAUUUAAUCCUGUCCCUGGUGGUGAUAUCCAUCACUUACGUGCAUUCUUACUACACAGCGUUUUAGGGCCAGAUCCUCAUAAGGUGGAAAUCAAUGUAAUUCCAUUGGUGUUACUGGACUUACAGUAAUUUACAGCAGCUUCCUGUAGCACAUGAAUACCUACUUCUCACACGUUAAGGUUUGCUCCUUUGCUAUUAACCAUUGCCUGUUUCAAACUGAAUUAGGAGAAUGGGAUACAACAGAUGGGCAAGUGCCCUGAUCUGUUUGGGUAACUGAACAGAACGCAUAGCCAGGCAACGUGUCUGGAGAUUAUAUUAUGUGCCUUAAUGUACAUUUUUACACACACAAACAAAAUGGUUGCUUUUUAUACAGUCUCUUCUGACCUCUCCUUACAGAAAAGCUCCUGUGUUUAGUCAUGUGGAAAUUAAAAGAGAAGAAUUUCUACCAUUCUAAAGCUUGCUCCGCUCAUGAGGAAAAAGCAAUCUGUCUCUUUUUGGACUGCAGCCAGAAUGCAUUAAAAGGUAGCUCUGUAUUGAUUCCUGAUAUGCUGAAUCUGGCCAUGACACCCAUAUUUUAUGAACUCUGCUGUUCAGUCCAUAAAGUACAUCUCACACUUCAUUUGGCUACAUACCACCAGCUAAACUGUCCUCAUAUAAGCAGUAAAAUACUUAAACCCCAGUGUAGGUAUGUGCUGGAAAAAAAGUUUUAGUUUUAUGUAAAGAAGCUUGUAAAAUACUCUAUACAAUGCAGAAUUUAUACUUGUGCUGAAUGCUACUAACGCCAUAGCAAUUUCUCUUGCAUUUGCCCUGCUGUCAGGGAAGCAUUUGUACUUUGUGGUUUGCUGCAGAACUGAUACGUUAGGAUGACUUUUUUUCUUUAGCUAAAAAUUAUUAAAACGAAGCAUAAUUCAAACCAACCUUUCUGUAUACAGAAAAGUACCCAGCUCCAGAAAUUGACUUAGAGCAACAAACUGUAUUUCUUUGACCUCAGUAGUUAGUACCCCCACCACCACCAAAAAAAUCAAAACCAAAAGAUGUUUCAUGUCUGUUAAAGCAUGACUGUAGAGGUCUUUAUCGAGACUCUCUAUAAUAGAGCUUGCUUUUUGCAUUUCCGAGUUAAUGGGUUUUUUUUAAAACAUCGCUGCACUUUCUAUUCUCCAUGUAACGGUUAAAGCCGGGGUGGGGAAUCUCCGGCCCAUGGUCUGGAUCCGGCCCAUGGUCUGGAUCCAGCCCACUGCUUCAUUUCAUCCAGCCUGCAGCAAGUCUCCACGCCGCAGGCCAGAAGCCCCGGCGCGCCCCCCCCCCCCAGGGCUGGAGCCACAAGUGCUGGGUUGUCAGAAGUCGGGUCAGCUCCACACAGCUCCUGGCACGGCCCUGCAGCCCCCAGCGCCGGCUCCACAGCUCCCAUUGGCCCAGAACGGUGACCAAUGGGAGCUGCGUGCACAGGCAGCACACACUGCGCACAGCCCCUUGGCCUCUGCCUAGGGGUUGGACAUGGCAGCUGCUUUUGGGAGCAGUGCGGAGCCACAUCAGGCAGGGAGCCUGCCUUAGCCCCACUGCACCGCCAAACGGGAGCCACCUGAGGUAAGUGCCGCCCAGCUGGAGCCUGCACCCUGAACCCCCCUACCCCAGGUCGGAAUCCCUUCCUGCACCCUAACUCCCUCCCAUACCCCAACCCCCUGCCCCAGCCCUGAGCCCCCUCCCGCACCCAAACCGUUUCCUGGAACUCAUACCCUGAACCUCCUGCACCCCAACCUCCAGCCCUGAGCCCCCUUCCGCACCCAAACCGUCUCCUGGAACUCAUACCCUAAACCUCCUGCACCCCAGCCCUGAGCCCACUCCCACACUCCAAACCCCUUGGCCCCAGCCUGGAGCCCUCUCCUGCACCCUAAACUCCUAUCCACAGCCCCAUACCAGAGCCUGCACCCCAAGCCAGAGCCCUCACCUGCACCCCAACCCUCUGCCUCAGCCUGGAGCCCUCUCCUGUGCCCUGAGCCCCUCAUUUCUGGCCCCACCCCAGAGUCUAGGGGAAACCCAGAGCCUCUGAACCCCCACCCUGUGGGGCUUUAUGUGGCCUGUGACUGAUUUUUUUCUGUGGGUCAGUGGCCCUGAUAGAAAAAAAAUUCCCCACCCCUGGCUUAAAGGUAAACAAAGGGUCAUUUAGAAAAAAUUAAGUUUAGAUCCUUAUUUGGCUUAGCGCCACUGAAAGUCUAUCUGUGUUGAUGUCAUAUGCAGCCCCAUUGCAGACCUGGAGCCCAUUGGUACUGUAAAAAUACAGAAUGACAAGACUGCCCCUCAAACAGCAUUGACUGACAGUUGCUGAGGAUCAGGCCAUUAGUAUUUUAAAGUCCCAAAACAUUGUUUAUACAUGCUGCAUUAAAAUGUUUCAUUACUUGCUUUAUUGUAAGUGAGAGAAUAUCUAUAGUUGUACAAGAAACUCUGAACCUUGAGCGCUUGUCUGGGUCAGCAGCUUUUCAAGUUCACCUUUAAUAGGCAUCAAGAUAAGUUUCACAGUCUACACCUUGCUCUCUUAAAGACUACUUUUAUAGACUAAGUACAGUUUAACCAGCUACUUUUAACAUGUAGAGAUGUUCUGGAGCAAAAGUACACUUUUUCAUGAAAUUAUUGUAUCAAUUCAUGCCUCUCUGCAGGGGGAUGUGUGUAUUCAGGCCUACUCAGAACUGUGAGAUGUUGUUACAAUUUUUCUUCAGGUUUGUCAUUGUAAUUGGAUGUCCAUUAAUGUAAGUAUCAAUUCUGGUUUAUGGAGUGUCUGGUUCUUUCAGGAGUUGUUGGCUUCACCUCCCAAAUUGUGUACUUUACAUGACUAUGUAAUGCAGCUGUCUUGUGUACAGCAACUUAUGUGAAAAUGCUAUUUGUUUUCUACGAUGGCUGUCUAGAGAGUAAAAAAAUUAAUUGUGUGAUUAAAAUUAAUUGUGAUUAAUUGCACUGUUAAACAAUAAUAGAAUACCAUUUAAAUAUUUUGGAUGUUGUCUACAUUUUAAAAUAUAUUGAUUUCAAUUAUAACAGAAUACAAAGUGUACGCUGCUCACUUUAUAUUAUUGAUUACAAAUACUUGCACUGUAAAAAAAAAUUUUUGUUCAAUUCACCUAAGUACUGUACUGCAAUCUCUUUAUCAUUAAAGUUGAACUUACAAUUGUAGAAUUAUGUUAAAAAAAAACUGCAUUCAAAACUAAAACAUUUGUAAAUCUUUAGAGACUACAAGUCCACUCAGCCCUAUUUCUUGUUCAGCCAAUCACACAGACAAACAAGUUUGUGUACAUUUUCAGGAGAUAAUGCUGCCUGCUUCUUGUUCACAUUGUCACCCGAAAGUGAGAACAGGCAUUCCCAUGGCACUGUUGCAGCCGGGCGUCGCAAGAAAUUUACAAGCCAGAUGUGCUAAAGAUUCAUAUGUCUUUUCAUGCUUCAUCCACCAUUCCAGAGGACGUGCAUCCAUGCUGACGGGUUCUGCUCCAUACCGAUCCAAAGCAGUGCAGAUCGACACGUUCAUUUUCAUCAUCUGAGUCAGAUGCCACUAGCUGAAGGUUGAUUUUCUUUUUUUGGUGGUUUGGAUUCUGUAGUUUCCACAUCAGAGUGUUGCUCUUUUAAGACUUCUGAAAGCAUGCUCCACACCUCAUCCCUCUUAGAUUUUGGAAUGCACUUAAGAUUCUUAAACCUUGGGUCGAGUGCUGUAGCUAUCUUUAGAAAGCUCACAUUGGUACCUUCUUUGCAUUUGUCAAAUCUGCAGUGAAAGUGUUCUUAAAAUGAACAUCUACUGAGUCAUCUGAGACUACUAUAACAUGAGAUAUAUGGCAGAAUGCGGGUAAAAUAGAGCCAGAGACAUACAAUUCUCCCCCAAGGAGUUCAGUCACAAAUUUAAUUAACACAUUUUUUAACGAGCAUCAUGAACAGGAAGCAUGUCCUCGGAAUGGUGGCCGAAGCUUGAAGGGGCUUACGAAUGUUUAGCAUAUCUGGUAUGUAAAUACCUUGCAAUGCCAACUACAAAAGUCCCUUGCAAACGCCUGUUCUCACUUUCUGGUGACAUUGUAAAUAAGUGGGCAGUAUUAUCUCCUAUAAAUGUAAACAAACUUGUUUGUCUUAGUGAUUGGUUGAACAAGAAGUAGGACUGAGUGGACUUGCAGGCUCUAAAGUUUUGCAUUGUUUUGUUUUCGAGUGCACUUAUGUAACAAAAAUCUACAUUUGUAAUUUUCACUUUCACGAUACAAGUACUGUAGUGCAAUCUCUUUAUGAGGUGAAUUGAAAAAUACUAUUGAUUUCAAAUAUUUGCACUGUAAAAAUGAUAAUCAAAAAUAAUAUAAAGUGAGCAGUGUAUACUUUGUAUUCUGUAUUGUAAUUGAAAUCAAUAUAUUUGAAAAUACAGAAAAACAUCCAAAAUAUUUAAUAAAUUUCAGUUGGUAUUCUAUUCUUUAACAAUGCGAUUACAACUGCGAUUAAUCACAGUUAAUUUUUUUGAGUUAAUCAUGUGAGUUAACUGCAAUUAAUAGACAGCCCUAUUUUUCUACCUUUUAUUUAAAGGCACAGAGGGGCUGCACUUGCUACAUGGGGUUGAGAAAUAUGCCCUGGAGCAGACAGCAAGCUGCCUAACAACUACACAAUCUCUUCUAAAUGCUGAGCAAGCAAAAAUGUUUGCAUGUGGAUUUGUAAUCUGUGCUGCUCCAUGUGAAGUCACCAAAGGGUAACGCCUUGGUCUAUGUGUGUAUAUAUCAUGAGCAUAAUGUCAAGACUCAAUAAAGUUAUAAGGAUAUAAUGA